AUGGACAGCUGGAGCAGCCUGGCCAGCAGAACUUAUCUCAGUGAUGUGGAGAGAGAAAAUGAGCAGCUGGACAGCAGCGGCAUGUUCCACUGGUGCAAAGCAGUCGCUCUGGAAAAGGUGAUCUUGAAACGCUCAGGUAAAUCAAAACUCAAGUUUCGGAACCACAUCGUCGCAUGUGUCUUUGGGGACAAUCACUCCACACUGAUGGGUCUUCGGAACUUUGUAAUGCCCUUGAGAGCAAGCAACUACACUCGGCGGGAGCUGAAGGACAUUGUGUUCAUCGGGUCUCUGGAUUAUAUGCAGAAAGAAUGGCGGUUUCUUCGGAAUUUCCCACAGAUUUAUGUUAUGCCUGGAUCGGCACUCUACCCUGCAGACCUGCGUGUGGCCAACAUAGAGUACUGCUCCAUGUGUGCCAUCUUAUCACCCCCCUCCAGGCCGUCCAGCAGCAAGAUUCAGGUAGACACAGAGGCAAUCAUGGCUACCUUGAACAUCAGAUCCCUGCGCAUCAGCACCAGUGCCCACACCACGACAGCCAGCAGCCAGGAACUUCCUCAAAGAUCAACUAUCUAUAAUGAAGAUUUGAUGAGACCAAAAUACCGAAGAAUCCCCAUUAUCACUGAACUGAAAAAUCCUUCCAACAUCCACUUUAUCGAACAACUUGGUGGGCUGGAGGGGAACCUGAAAGAAAACAACCUGCUCCUUAGCACUUCCUUUUCCGCGGGAACCGUCUUUUCUGGCAACUUCCUGGACUCCCUGCUGGCCACGGCCUUCUACAACUAUCACGUCUUAGAAUUACUCCAGAUGCUGGUGACAGGAGGGAUAAGCUCCCAGCUGGAACAACAUCUGGAUAAGGAGAAAUUCUGUGACAUGACUGACAGCUGCAGUACUUUCUCCUCUGGAAGAUUGCGGUGUAGGCUGGGGCUUCUGUCCUUAGACCAAAACAUUCUGUCAUCUGUUAAACCAAGAGAAACCUUUGGACAACUGUUCUGUGGCACAUUGGAUAAUCUUGGAAUCCUGUGUGUUGGUUUAUACCGCAUGAUAGAAGAUGAGGAGCAUAACCCGGAGAACAAAAGGGGAGUAUGCUAGUUUGUGAUUACCCGGCCAGCCAACGAAUUUAAGCUGCUCCCCUCGGAUCUUGUAUUUUGUGCUAUCCCUUUUGGCAUGGCCUUUUAUGAAAGGGAGGAUGUGUCUUUGUCCUGUCAAUAUGAAAUUAUAGAUACAAUGCCAGUGCUACCAGAGUUGAACACGGAGUCAAGUUUUGCCCCCACAAUAAGCUCUGAGAAGAGGAGCACAGCACCACCAUCCUACGCACCAGGGAACAGUUUGGAUCCCAGAACUUGCUUCUAUUCGACCUCUCAGCAAGCAAGCCCAACUCAAACCAGUAGGCUAUCACCAACACAGUCAAAAUUAGGAGGCCUCACACAAGCUGCUGACAAGGGCCAGAGGCAGGAAACCCUGGAAGACAAUGUUUACGAAGUACAACUAGAUCCACUGAUGCUCUCUUAGUGCUCUAACCUGCUGCGUAGAUCCCAGGCAUCGCCACCGCAGGUGCCUUUGAAAGGAGACAAUAAGAAUGCUGCCGAGCUCAUGCCUUUCAGUUUGUGGUUCUGAUCUUCCCCAAUUGGGUCUGAUGUGAUAAAUAAAGAAAUU